CACUAAACAGUCCCAUGGCUGGUAAUUAAUUGGUUUGGUUGGCCAAAUCCAGUAAUUUGUAUGUUGAGAGACAGAUUCUGCCUUGCUUGUUCUUAUUCAUCAGGUCAAUUAACCCAAGAUUGUAGCAAAAGCUCCCUCCCAGCCACAGCACAAGAAUAGGAUCUUUUUCUUCUGGAAAGUGGGGAAGAAAAAACUUUGGGUCUUGGUCUUGAUACCCAUGCUGCAGACAUGCAACUUGAUUCUUGCGAAGUCUGAAGUUGCAAAUUGGUUAAGGUUUGGCGGCGGGAUCAAAGUGAUUUUCUAUAGCAAUUAGAGUUUCUGGAAGGCAGUCCCUGAUAUAAACAGGAGGAUUGUAUGAUUAAAAUCAGAAAAUGUAUAACCAUGCAUCCUUUAUAUAUGCAUGGGGAGUCUGAAAACAACGUGUCCUUGAGAAAAAGUUGAAAUGUGAGAAGAAGAAUGCAAGAGUUCUUCAAGAUGAGCAUCAUAUUCUUCAACAUCAUAGCUUUGCAUAGCGGUGGAUCCAGAACAUAGUAGAGCACUUGGCCGUAUUUCUUUAGAAAAUUAUAUACGUAAAAAAAUCAUAGUUUUUUUUUACAAUAUCAAUUUUACACAUCGAUCUUUUAAAUUUUAAUAUAGUGAAUUCAUCAAUAAUGGAGUCUACAUCCAUACCAAUAUCAUACUCUCUUUAAGAUAAAAUAGUUAACCAAUUGGCGAGAAAUUUAUCGCUCAUUUUGUUGCGCAAAUAAUUUUUCACCUAUUUCAUUGCUGAAAAGGUUCUCUCCAUGCAAGGUUGUCAAACCGGUUUGUGCCAGUGUGUCGGUUUAGCAAGUAGAAUGGUGCGAACGGUGGUACAUACUGGUUUGUGUCAGUUCAUGCCGGUUAAUAUUACAAAUAAUUUACAAAUACUCAUAUUUAAACACUACAUUUAACGUCAAUACCUAAAUAUUUGUACUUGAAUCAAACAAAUAACAUCAACAUUUAACUUUUUAACACAUAAAAUAAAUAAUAAAUUACUUUUUAUCAAUUAAAUUCACUAAGAUAAGAUCGUUUGAUUUGGAGAUUCGUAUAUCGAUUUUACAGGUCAUACCGGUAGUGUCAUACCGGUUUUAUGACCGGUACAGGUUGAAUCAGGUUCAACCAGUGGCACGCCGGCCGGUGUGACAACCAUGCUCCAUUAUAACUAUUGAAAUGAGCAAUGUCAAUAGAAACAAAUCAAUCGACUAAUCAAUAUAUAUUUCUUUUAGUCUUUUACGUUUUAGACUUUUAGACUUUUAGGUUUCAUUGUUUGUUUUUCUUUAGACGAGAAUCAUUGGAGCAUUGAAUGCAAAAAAAGUGAUUGAAUGCAAAAAUGCAAAAAAAGUGGUAACCGGCUAACCAAAAACUGCAGCUUCGGGCGGUUGGCGGUAGCAAGUCUGACUGUGCCGGCUAACCGACGCUGAUAACUGCCGGUUAACCGGCUAACCGGCAAUUGAAAACGACGCCACCCCUGCCCUCCUAUUCCCUAACCCUAAUCGAAGCCAGGCUUCGACCCUCACUCUCUCUUCUCUGCAAUCUACAUCGCGAAGACGCCGCCGCUCCCUUCUCCCUUCUCCCUCCCCGACUCUGAAGGGCGAUGCCGCCGCCGCUCUACGCCGUCGUCAGCCACUCCUCUGCUGUCGAGAUCUCCGCCGGCGCCGCGCCACUCCUCUGCUCGCAGCCAGCAACCGCCAGCCAACCCGCCUCCUCUAUGGCCUGUGCGAGGGCGACCCCGGUGUCGAAAGCUCCGCGGCGCCGCGCCACUCCUCUGCUCGCAGCCUGCUCGAAGCAGUUCGGAAAGCGGAGCUGCUGCCGAGCUACGAGGUGAAGGGGAGAGGGAUCCAAGGGGAUGGGUUCUUUGACGCACUAGCGAUGCUGGAAAGGAAUGGAUUUUGGGUGAAUGGAGUUAUGAUCUUCUCGGCGGAUGCUUCUGCUGCGGCGGAUGUUAAUUUCAAGUAUGAGAAAAGGGAUGUUCCUUUCCCCUUCUUGUCUCCACCAAUCUGGAUUUUCGUUUACUUCGGUUAACCGAACAACUAACCGGUAACCGACCGGUCGGUUGCCGGCUAACCAAAGUUUUUCGUCGGGCGGUUGGCGGUAGUCACAGUUGUUGUCACGAUUAACAGGUAACUGACAUUUCGAUUAUUGGUUAUAACCGAACUAACCGAAAAUCCAGCCCUAACGGUCAGCGAGCGGAAAGGAUGACUGAUUUCUCGAGGAAGAAGACGGCAACUAAAUGCAGGGUGGUGAAUCUGGUGAUCAAUUACCCAUGGUAACAGCCACGGCAAGACAAAAGUAAAAAGAUUUACGAGGUGAUGAAAAGCCUCCACCAAAUCAUAGCUACUUGGUGAAAAUAAUUUAAUUUUAUUUCGAUUAGGGGUCGAGAGAGUGUAAUGGGUGGUUAUUAGUGACAAAAAUUAGAAUAAUAGUUAAUUGACAAUAAAAUUUAUGUCACUUCUAAUUGAGAAUGACCGACCAAUAGAUGAUGUUUUCAAAUCUUGGCAACUCCAUAUCUCACUAAAUACUUUAGUGGGGAAAUGUUAAUUGAGAAUAAAACUUUAAGCACGUAUAUGCCGCUUUUCAUUAGUGAGGAAAUGUUAGUAAAUACUAAAUGGUAUAAGAUCAAUUAUUAAAUCUUUUUCAACAACUUGAGUUAUUGCUACUAAACAGUCUUGACAAAGAACACCAUUCAAAAAUAAAUGUCUAACUAAAUCAUGAAUAAUUGUUUAAUACAUAUAGAAUGAUAGUUUUGAUAUAUAUAAUAUAUUUAGUUUAUCAAGAUUUUGUAAAUACAAAGUUAUAUCAUGAAUUAUAUAAUAAGCUAAUAAAACUGUUUUAUCGUAUGUAUAUUUUUCUAAAUGGACCCACCCUCGACAAAAUCCUGGUUAUGCCACUCAACACAUACCCUUGAUAUGAAAACGCUAUCUAUACCUCAAAUUAACAGAGUAUUGGGGACAGCUGACGUAUGCUAUACUCAUGCGUUCACACUUGUUAUAUGUAAUUUGAUAUAUUUUGACAAAUCAAAACCGCCGAUCAUUAUUUGUUUAGAUUAAAUGAAUUUUAUAAUUUGAUUUAGUGAAUUAGGGACUGGUUUCACUCAUUAGAGGUUAGGGUAUAGUAUCGUGUUCCAAACUCUAGUUAAUUCGUGGCCUAAAUUUUAAAACAUGAAGGGCGUACAAUAGUGUGAACGCACUCUAGGAGUAUAGUAUACUCCAGGUGAUCUGGCCAUUAGAUCUACUUCGAUGAGCUCCAAUCAAUCUCAAUGAUCAAUUAUUGUUUUCCAUUAAAUCGAACUUCAGGUUUGAGUUUAGAAAAUCAAGGCCUGGAUUGUAUCCAUUAAAGGUUAGGAUACAGUAUCAUAACCCAAACUCGAUUAAAUUUAUGGUCUGGAUAAAUAUAUCUCACUUGGAGUAUAGCAUACUACUAAAUUAUAAACGUAAACCCUAACCCUAAAUCCUAAGUAUUUCAAAUUAAAGUAAAUCUUGAAUGAGUUUUUUUGCAAAUUCAUGUGUUUCUUGUUCAAAACAUCAUAAGCCACCAUUGUCAUUCUGACCAUGCGAUUCAUGUCAAAACGGUAUCAAUUAUUGCUUAUGAUAUUAUGAACAAGAAGCACAUGAAUUUGAAAAAAAUUCAUUCAAAAUUUACUUUAAUUCGAAGGAUUUAGGAUUUAGGGAUUUAGGGUUAGGGUUUAGGUUUCCAAUUUGAGAUUUUGGGUUGGGAUUCAAAAUUGAAUGUUAAGGGGUUAGGGUAAUGGAUUGAUUUGUUAUGAUUCUAUGUCAUAUCAUCAUAUUAUAUUGAGAGUACUAAUUAAAGUUCAAAAUUUGA